AGGUUUACCUUCCAAGUGCGAGUACAUAGAGUUGCAUUUGUGAAUAAUGUGCUGUGAAUGCCGUUAAAUGUAAAAUACGGUUUAUUUGUCAGUCGAAUACUUAAUGGCUCGAGUUAACUGAUGUCUUUCCGGAUCGAUUUUUUCCAAAUCCAAGCGAAACUGACGUCAGGGCGCUCCAUUUUCCGGUGUGAAAAGCCGACAAAGAGUGGGAGCUGCGGGCGACGACGUCACCAUCUGGGUACCUGACACACCUGUCCUGACAACUUUUUCUUACUUCCGCCAGUGACGACCGAAAAAAAAAAAAAACCCCGACAACAAAAGUUGCCACUUUUCCCCCCCCUAAUUUGACUCACUUCAGCGUGUGGGAGCGGGUUAACAAGCAGGUUUGUCUGGGCAAAGUCUACCUCCUCCCCCCUUUCUCACGAAGAAAUAACAUUGAGCAUGUGGGUGACGUGUUUCUGACAUCCUUACUGCUCCGUAUUCAUAUUCAUAGACAAUUUAGCAUUUUUACACGCCUCAAAGAGGACCCAAAGAAUGUCUGGCGAAGUGUCCCGUGAGGAGGAGGUGGCGGCGCUCUUGCCAAUUGGUCUGCGUGCACAAUGUCUGCUGACAGCAAGCGAAAAGACUCCAGAAGAAGAAUUAGAGGAGGAAAGAGAUGAAGAAGACAAAGACGAUGAGGUUACAGGAGCCGGCGACAUCACCCUGCCGUGGCCUGGUGACAGGGACAAGAGAAGCGAGGACACGGACGGCGUCUCGUCGGGGGUUUGCGUGUCCGACGCCGAGGACAAGGACGAAGACGACGCGCUGAGCAAAGCAAAGUGGCGCGAGAGCAUGCCCGAGGGUGACAAGUGGCGGGACGACCUGCCCGGGGCGCCGCGGGACGAGGGAGACGGCUCGCUGGCUGACGAGGAAGAAGAGUCCCAUUGGGUACCGGAGAAAGGCACCAUGGGCUUCACUCCUCAGGUGAAAAUAGUGCGGCGGCAGUCCAGUGAGGUGGUCAGAAAAGAGAGCAAACUGGACAUGGACAUGGAAGACCACCACUAUUACGACAAGGACAACACCACAAAGUCGCAAAUGGCGACACCGUUGAACGGCAACUGGAAUGAAUCGCAGCAGAAAAAAUACUUGUGCGACGACAUAUGCAGUGAGACGCUGAAGCUGGCCAUGUGGACGGCGUCAGCGGCACUGGUUUUCCCCUUCCUGGUGUGGGGGGGGUACGCGCUCCUGCCCUUUGACUCCCCGCUGAUGGGCAGCGCCCCCCACAGGGUGGUCUACACACUGCGCUGCGCCGUCUUCGCCUCGGUGCCCAUCCUGCUGGGCGUGGUGGUGCAGGGUGUGGCCAGGAUUUGCUACGGUGAAGUGAAGCCGAGCUUCCAGACCAAAGCGCGGAACGGGAAGGCGUCAGUGCACGGACAUUACGUCAGCCAAUCGGUGGGCCUAUUCCUCUUCUACUUCCUGCAGCUGGCCGUCCUGGCGUCCUACGUCAACCACGACCUCAUCAAAUUAGUGCCGCUGCUCACCGUCAUCUUUGUCUUUGGAAGGUUGAUCUACUGGCUGUGCCUGUCGCUAGGCAGCAGCAUCCGAGGCCUGGGCUUCGGCCUGUCCUUCUUCCCCAUGUUGGUCAUGCUGGCCGCCAACCUCUACUUUGUGUCCUCCUCGGCGGGACCUGAGGCCGUCUUUGACGUGGAGCCACCCACCACGGCCCCUCCGCCGCAGCAGCGGAGCUGGUGGGGCUGAGCGGCACGCCGGGAGGUGGGACACUUAACAAAGCAGUCUUCAUAGUUUCCCCCCCAACCCCAACUCACAUUUAAGUGGAAUGAAUUUUCCAUUCAUAUUACAAUGACAAGUUUUCCUCCUGUCAAAACCGUUCAUUUAAAACCCAGAAUUCUUUUUUUUAAUUUUUUUUUCCUACCAAAAACAAAAAAAUGAUUUCCUACAAAAUCUGACAAAUAGUCCUUAAAAACACUGUACAGCCUAAAAGCAACUGUAAAUAGUCUUUUUGUAUGAGGUUGACGUAUUGCAGAUUUAUUAAUUUUCUGCUGAUCACAGUUGAUGUAUUUAUAAGCAGCUGAUUUGUGUUGCGUUUGAAUGAUUAUUUAAGCGAGGCUAAUCAACUUGUGCGGGGACCUCAAUAAAACUUCUUGAAAAGACGAGAA